UCUGCGCUGCCGGCGCCGCGGGCAGGGACGGAAGCGCCGCAGGGUCUGUGCGUGCGGGGGCGCGAAGCGUUCCCGGCAGUCGCGCCGGCAGCGCUGCUCGCGUUCCCUCUCCUGCCUCUGCGGCUCCGUUCCCUAUCCUGCCGCCCCUUCCCGCUCCCCUGGCUCGGACAGCCGCCCCCUCCCCGGUUAUGUAAGCCCCGGCCCUCUCCCUGCCCGCGGGGAGCGGCGGCGGGCCCGGGCAGUGCCCGCUCGCUGCCAGCCCUCGGGGCGCGCUUCGGCGGGGGAAGAAGCUGGGGGAGAAAUCGGAGCUCGCAGCGAGCCCGGCUGGCGCCAGGAGCCGAGUUUCGGCUUUCAGUGGGUUUGUCCUAAAAGAACACUGGUGUUUGUUUCCAUAGGAGAAGCGGGGAAGCGUCCCAAAAUCCUGGUAGUGCACUGAAAGGUGUUGAGUGGACUUGGACUAUGCACAGUCAUGUCAAAACAAUUUCUACCUUCAGAAUAUGCACCUUUUCUGCAUCUGUGGUGAAAAUACUCCUGCAGUUAUUCCUUGUCCACUGUGCAUUUCAAUGACCUCAGUAUUUCUAAACCUUCUGUCUAAGUUGCCCUUGAAAGACUGUUUUGUGGAGCAUGCUCUAUGAAAGAUGAGUGUAUUACUUACACCAAAAAUGUGUAAUCUAGCAAUUUCAGGUGCCUGCUGCUUGAACUUUGAAAACUAGUGUGAGACUGAAAAUGACUGACUGAAAUCAUGCUGUGAUGCAUGACAUGGGAGAAGACAAGUUGCUUCCUCUGCAGUGACACUUGGAAGUAAUAAAGGCAGUUACAGUUUUAACUGUGAAUGUUGAAGCAGAUCUUAGAUUUCAGAAUGCUUGAUGCUACUGUGCUUCACCUCUGAAUAGUGAAUAUCCUCUGUAUGUGACUGAAGGCCUUGUUCUGCUGAAAUUGAUGUGACCUUUUUGAUAAGAAAUGGAUCUUACCGUGCAAGUAUGGUACCAUGAAAGUUUGCAAGACUAUUAUCAAUCAUCUUUGACUUCUCUGUGAAAACGGGGCAGUACUUGAAGGCUUGACAAAUGCAUCCCAGGUUGAAAAAUUUCUGCAUUCCUUCUCCUCUUCCUCCUUUAGAAAACUGACUUCUUUAAAGAGGUAAGAGAGAAGCAAAAGAAGUAAGAAAAUGCUGGGAUCAGAACGAGGUGUGGUGGAAGAAUGGCUGUCAGAAUUCAAGGCAUUACCUGAAUCACAAAUUUCCAGCUAUGCAGCUACAUUGCACCGAAAAAAACCACUGGUACCAGCUCUUUAUAAGGUCAUUCAAGACCCAAACAAUGAGCUCCUGGAGCCUGUUUGCCACCAGCUCUUUGAACUUUAUCGGAGUUCUGAAGUUCGGCUCAAGAGAUUCACGCUGCAGUUUCUGCCAGAGCUGAUCUGGGUUUAUCUGCGUCUCACUGCCAGCAGGGAUAGGCAGAGCAAUGGCUGCAUUGAGGCAUUGCUGCUUGGCAUUUACAACCUGGAAAUUGCUGACAAAGAUGGAAAUAACAAAGUUUUGUCUUUCACCAUCCCUUCAUUAUCUAAACCCUCAAUAUAUCAUGAGCCCUCUACCAUUGGAUCCAUGGCUUUAACUGAAGGAGCAUUAAGUCAGCAUGAUCUUAUCAGAGUAGUUUACAGUGAUCUUCAUCCUCAAAGAGAAACCUUCACAGCACAGAACAGGUUUGAGGUGCUGAGCUUUCUUAUGCUGUGUUACAAUUCAGCUAUUGUCUACAUGCCUGCUUCUUCUUACCAGUCACUUUGUAUGAUGGGUUCCAGGCUGUGUGUGAGUGGAUUUCCACGGCAGCAUGAGAAACGCUGGAAAGAACACUGUGGUAGAGUGGUGUUAGACCCUGACUUCAUGGUGCAGCUGCUCACAGGUGUCUAUUACGCCAUAUAUAAUGGUCAGUGGGAGCUUGGCCAGGAGGUGUUGGAGGACAUAAUUUACAGAGCACAGCUUGAACUCUACUCACAGCCCCUGCUGGUUGCAAAUGCCAUGAAGAAUUCGCUGCCUUUUGAUGCUCCUGAUGCAUCACAAGAAGGCCAGAAGGUACUGAAAGUAGAAGUUACUCCAACAGUUCCAAGAAUUUCUCGGAGUGCUAUUACUACAGCUUCCAUCCGUCGUCAUCGCUGGAGGAGAGAAGAUGGCUUUGACUUCUCAAUCGAGGCUGACUCAAGCAUUCCUGGCUCACCGAUCCAACACGGCUGCACAGACCUAGGGAUCAAACGUGAGCAAGAGGGGGAGGUGCUGCUGCGCAGGACCCCUGAGCAUGGCUUCCCGGAGCCCACCUUGGCAGCAGCCACAACAGAGGAUACUGAAGGUGUAAAUGGAAGAGAGGAGUCUGUAAACCUUAAUGAUGCUGAUGAAGGAUUUUCAUCAGGAGCUUCCCUCAGCAGCCAGCCAGCUGGGACCAAACCUGUAUCCUCUGUAUCCCAGAAGAGCAGCUUAAGGAAAACAGCAAGUGGGCGUUCUGCUAAGGAGAAAGAAAGCUCUUCUGCAGCAAAAUCCAAUGAGAGCCCUCGGGAUUCAGUAGCCCGAAAGCAGUACACGCACCAAUCAUCUGACCUGGAUGGAGAUGUAAUUGAGAUGACACCUACUAAGAAACACCUCAGCCUGCCUGCUGGGCAGGUGGUGCCAAAAGCCAACAGUCUGGGCCUGAUCAGGACCGCCAGUGCUUCCUCCAGUAAAUCAUUUGACUAUGUGAAUGGCAGUCAGGCAGGCUCCAGUGUUGGAGCUGGCACAGAGGGUUUUACCAGUCUAGCAGCUGGCAACACCAAUCGGUUUUCAACUAUCAGCCUACAGGAGGACCGGCUAGGCCAAGCUGGGGAAGGAACUAAAGUACGGAAGGACAAGGCUCAGCUGAGUGUCAAUGUCAAGAGAUUUGUGAAGAAGCUUGAGAAUAUUUCUGAUAACGAAGCUCAGGAGAUCCUGGAAGAGGACUAUGUUGCUGCUCUUGGAAUAUGUGCCCAAGAUCCAGUGGGAAAUGGCUCAAAUAUAAGUGGUGGUGAAGUGUACUCAUUCCAGACUCCCAAACGCUCCAAUAAAAUGGCAGAACUGGCUUCUCAAUUAGCCCAGACACCAGAAAAGAAUGUGGCACCUGAUGACUCCAAAUGCCCUGAGAAGAUGGCCAAAACCCCUCAAAGCAGCAAACGUUCAAGUUCAAACAAAGUGCAGCAGAGGAGUAAAAAGAAAGAAUUUGUGUCUUCCACACCUUACAGACUCAGAAAGAGACUAGCAGCUCCAGAUCCCUAUUUGGAAAGUGAGAGUGAGUAUUCUGCUUCCUGCUCAGAGGAGGAGGAUGAGGAUGAACAGAAGGAAGUCAGCACUGUUUUAUCAGAUCAAAAGACUCCAGCAAAAAUUAAGGCUGCAUCUACACCUCCUCCCAGAAACAGCCUAGCCAAAAAAAAUAAGGAGCAAAAGAUGGGCAAUCUGGUGGAGGAAUACUUUGAAGCUCACAGCAGUUCCAAAGUGCUCACUUCAGACCGAACGCUGCAGAAGCUGCGGAAAAGAAGAUUGGAUCAGCAAACACUGCAUGAUCUUUUGAAAAAUGCUCCACUUGCUUAUGCUGCUGAAAUUAGAGACCUUAACCAGCAACAUGAAUCCUUGUUUUCCAAAUGGAUGCUGCAAUUACACUUGGGUUUCAAUAUUGUGCUUUAUGGACUGGGCUCAAAGCGUGAUCUGUUGGAGAAGUUUCGUACCUCUUUGCUCCAGGAUUCUGUUCACCUGGUGGUUAAUGGAUACUUCCCCAGCAUCACUGUGAGAUCUAUUCUCAACUCCAUCACAGAGGAGGUUUUGGACCAUAUAGGGACCUUCCGCAGCCCCCUUGACCAACUAGAAUUCAUUACCAAAAGGUUCAAAGAAGAUUCAUCUUUAGAGCUCUAUGUCCUCAUUCAUAACCUGGACAGCCAGAUGUUGAGAGGAGAAAGAAGUCAGCAGAUCCUUGCACAGUUAUCCUCCCUGCCUAGCAUUUACCUCAUUGCCUCUAUUGAUCACAUCAAUGCUCCUCUCAUGUGGGAUCAGGCAAAGCUGAGCCUCUAUAACUGGCUUUGGUAUGAGACAACAACAUUUAAUCCUUAUGUGGAAGAAACAUCUUAUGAGAACUCACUUUUAGUACAACAGUCUGGAUCUUUGGCUUUGAGCUCCCUAAUGCAUGUCCUGCAUAGCCUCACUCUCAAUGCCAGAGGGAUAUUCAGACUGCUUGCUCAGCACCAGCUGGAGAAAAAGGACAAUCCAUCUUAUCCAGGGCUGUCUUUCCAAGAUUUUUACCAGCAGUGUCGGGAGGCUUUCCUUGUGAACAGUGACUUGACACUCAGGGCACAGCUGACAGAAUUCAGGGACCACAAGCUGAUCCGGACCAAGCGGGGAGCUGAUGGUGUGGAAUACUUACUAAUUCCUGUCGAUGACAGUACCUUGACCGACUUCUUAGAGAAAGAGGAUGAAGAUGUGUAACAUCUGUGUCCUCAGUGUCUACAGCAACUGCUCUCAAAGGCUGCUGGAGAGGGGCCUAUGCUCAGAUCUCUCUUUCUCCAGCCUCACAGCUGCUGCACUGAUAAGUAAUAAUUCUAAUGAAUCUUGUUCAUUGUUCAACUGCCUCAGGUAGUUUGGAAUGAUGAUUGUGUAAGCAAGGCCUCUCUUGCGCUCUGGUUGGAUUUGUCUGCUUUGUCUCUUAGCUCAGACAAUGCCUUCUUCCUAUCUGUGCAUCCAACCUCACAGCCAGAAAAACAAACUUGGUGAGAUUGUGCCUUCUGCUCUCUACCUCAGUAGACAUGAAGGUUUUAUUGGAGCAAUUUACUUGGGAAGUGCAAAUCACAAGAUGGUCAAGAGCUUUAGUUUGUACUAGUGGUGCAAAUUCUCCCAUCUGAGUGCUAUCCAGUACUCCUCUACCAUUUAGACAAAACUAGCUUCCAGUGUAUGAAGACAAGAUUUAUAAUGCUACAAGACCUGUCUUGACUGCAUGAGGAAAGGAGAAUAUGAGUGGGUUUGGGAUGCUGCAGGUGACUUAGUAAAUUCUGGCAAUAAAACUGAAGGACUUGUCCCAAACUAACAUCCUUUUAUAAGAUUUAGAUAAUCAAAAUUAGGAUGGACUCAUGUCAAUGCCUGCUACUUUCCAAGGUGCAAUCCAGGAAUAUGAAGAGGCUAUGAAGCUUUUUCGUUUAUUUUUUUAAAGCUUGAUUGUAUAUUUAUAUUUUUUACAUCAGGAAUGCCCACUGAUCCUGGAGGAGGCCUUAAAUGCCACUUAGAAGCUCUCCCUUUUUUUUAAGCUUUUAGAGGUUGGGAGACUACUGAAGUUUGACAUCUUUUCUUCAAUUCUUUUUUUCUCAGUUAUGUGGGAGGAAGCUCUAUAGUUCCAUCAUCUGUAGUCUGCCAGCCAGACUUCAGGGACUCUCUAUGCCUAAUAUUUGGUAGCUGUGUUACAGCUCAGUGUUGUAAUAGUUCAAAUCAAUCAAAUAAAGUACUUUAUUAAUUUUCA